UCUACAUAUAUAUGUAUCCAAGUGUGUGUUUUCCGUCUCUGUCUUUCUGUGCUUUGCAGAAAAUUUCAGUGCCACCUCAUCGUGUACUUAUGUCCUUACGACCAAUCGCUCAAACUUUGUCGUAAACUAAUCCACAAAAUCAAAAAUGACCGGCCAAUUUACACUCGUCGGUCUAUUGCUGCUACUAUCUCGGGUACAAUGUAUUUCGUGGUAUAUGGAACCUGCACCAAGAGCUCAAAAGUGCUUAAAAGAAGAGAUACACGGAAAUGUCCUCGUAGUCGGUGAAUACGAGGUCUCCGAAGUUCCCGGCCAGAAAGUCGACUUUGUGGUUAAGGAUUCCAAAAAUCAUAUCCUUGCACAAAAAGAUGAUGUUCAACAUGGAAAAAUGGCAAAGUUUACAUUUGUUACUGAAGCAUACGACGUUUUUGAAGUCUGCUUCACUUCAAUCACUUUGCACGGUCAAAGAGGUAUACAGCAAGAAGUUAAUCUAUCCAUCAAAAAGGGUAUUGAAGCUAAGAGCUAUGAGGGGCUUUUGCUUGGGGAAGCUGCUAAACUUAAGCCUAUUGAAGUGGAAUUAAAAAGGUUAGAAGAUUUGUCUGAGGCAAUUGUACAAGAUUUUGUUAGAAUGCGCAAGAGUGAAGAAGAAAUGAAAGAUACAAAUGAAUCCACAAAUUCCCGUGUUCUUUUCUUCAGUAUAUUUUCGAUGGUAUGUCUUCUCAGUUUGGCUACCUGGCAAGUCUUUUACCUGAGACGUUUCUUCAGGGCAAAGAAACUUAUUGAGUAAUGAACAUUAUCAUUCAAUCUUCAUGAAAAAUCAUGAGUCAUUCAAACAAAGCUGUGUCCAAGUAAUUAAUAACUUGGUUAAACAUCAGAAGAUAAACUGUAAAUGUUGUUGAGUGGUUUAAUAUAUAAAAAAAAAGCUUGGUGAACAAGCCUAAAUAAUAACAA